AAUAAGAAACAAAGGUGACACAAGGAAGUAUCUAGAGCUAGGAGCUUAACGUUACCCAAACCUAUAAGAGGUGAAGGAGCAGACGACAACGGGACAGUGACGCGCAGCAUGACGGGAAAAUGAAACACUCUUAUUUUGUUCUAUUUUGUGUAUGGAUGACCUUAUUAGGCAUUGCACAUGCAGAACGCGAACGCGAAGGAACGGUUCCGAACAAACAGAAUCGAAGUCAGAUGACAUUUAGAGAAUGUCUUGAAAAAUGUGUGGCCAAAAAUUACCACGGAACCAUUCCGAGCCCUGUCUGCUCCUUUCGCCGCGAGGCGACAAUUGAACAGACUAGGGACGGGGCCCCUGUGAAAGUAAACCCUGCGUCCGCUGUGCCGAUUUACGGUCAGAUGGCAAGUUAUGGCGAACUAUUUCCCGCUGAUGACGUCAGAAGAACGUCAAGGACUUCAUCGCGAGUGAUUCGCAGGAUUAAACGAGAGAGAAUAAAAGACCCAAGCUCUAAAACCACCAGUCAUGAGGAGUACACAAUAAUUUGUCGCACAUGUAUCUCCGUUACUUGCUUUCCAUUCAUCCUUCAUGAUACAUUUGUAGGUUAAAACGCCCAUGUACUUCAUCAUCUAGAAACCACUCAAUGAUGCAUCCAAUCAAAGACCAAUAACUUCCAUCAAAUCAAAGAUCGGUACUGUUAUAAUUUCAUCCAAUCGAAGACCAGUAUUACGCUGUUGGGUAUCUAAUCGAAUACAUCUGCGCGCAUCCACUCAUUUAAUUUGUUAUUUGCCAACCUCUCAUUGUGUUUUUUAUAAACUUAGGUUUUGUGUUUUUGAAAUGUAAAUUAUCUAAAACGUGUUAAUAGAAUAAAAUAUUAUAAACAAUAA